GAGAGAGAGAGUAUGGCCAACAGCACAAUACAAAUAAAGUUUAGUUCUGUGUGCUUGUGGUUUUAGGGCGAUGGUCUUUUCUAUUAUAUAUUGACUUGGUCUUCACACACUGACAACACAGACACACCAUGGAGAACCCUAGUUCUUCUUCAAGAAAUGAUAGAAAAACCAUCGAGAGAAACAGGAGGAAUCAAAUGAAGGCACUCUACUCACAACUCAAUUCCCUUGUACCCCAUCAAAAUUCAAGGGAACCGGCAUCGGUUGCGGAUCAACUAUACGAGGCUGAAAAUUACAUCAAGAAGUUGCAGAUAAGCUUGGAAAAAUUGAAGGAGAGGAAAGACAGUUUAAUGGGAAUUCAAAGAUCUUUUACAGGGAAUAAUUGUGUUGGUACCAGUGGUACUGGAACAAGAUUGCCACAAAUUGAGAUUCAUGAGAAUGAUCUAGCUCUAGAGAUCGUUUUGAUAACUGGGUUGGAUCGUCAAUUCAUAUUUACUGAGACAAUUAGAGUGCUUUAUGAAGAGGGAGUCGAGAUUGUUAAUGCUAGUUUCUCUGUUGUUCAAGAUACUGUCUUCCACACCAUACAUUCUAAGCUUGAAGAGUCUGCCUCAGGAAAUGAAGUUGCAAGGAUAUCAGAGAGACUAAGGAGGUUUGUUGUGUAGGAUAUAAAUUCAUGCAUUUUGAAGCAUAUUUUAUCUCUAUAGAGAUAUAAUGUCUCUAUAGUUCGUCUACGUGUAUGUUUUUGUAUGUUUCUGAUCGAAUGCUUCACAAGAUUGAGAUUGCGUACUCUUAUUAAGAAACCAUGAGCAACAUUUAAUUAGCCCUAUAAACUAUGUUGAUGAUCCAAAUUCGAUUAGAUAUAUAUGUGUGUGUUGGUGAAACAUCUUUUGAAGCUUUGAUUUAGAUUUGCUUCGAAAUGUUUGGCCUUGAGAUAUUCUUUGUUUGGUCAAUUAGUGAGAGAAACUGAUGAUAUGAUAAUUUGAUGAUAAAUAUUGCCUUUCCAUUCAUCUGUUUUCUACACAAAUAGCUACUGUGUGUGUAUAUAUAUAUAUAUAUGCAUAUAGCUAGAUACUCAGGCUGGUAAAUUGUAAUUGAGAAAGUUUGAUUUGUCCUAAUAUGCUUCAUUACUCUUUCCAAAAACAUACAUAUAUCUU